CUCCUAGUGUACGGUGAACUAUCGCGAGACUUCGUACAGCCCCUCACUACGUAAUGUGCCGUGCUGCUUAUGGCGGCGCUGGUGACAGUGCUGAAAGCUGUUGGGUAUGAAGUGAAACAGAUUUGAUUUUGUACCAUCUGAAACCUACUUCAAGUUCAGAUCAUCGAUCGGUGAGAAGAAACAUCAACAAAAUUAACCAACAUCCCCGAAACGACCCAACGGUACGACAACUCUGAAGACGACAAAGACGAAGAACUGCACUGCGACAAAGAGAUAACCAGAACAACAAGAAGCAACCAAACCAGCAAACCAAAGAUUUAAGAAACAGAACCAGGCCGCAACAAACGUAGCAACCAGCCAUCAACGUUAUCGGCGAAGGCGAGACCUGAUCUGAGACAAGAAGUUUGUGCCUACUCAACAGCUUUGAUCAAGCACACGUCCCAACGCUGCACCAAGCCCUCUUCAUCCUCCCUGCACCUGUUCCUUCUCUGGGGUGCGGAGAGGGCUGCUGUCUGCUAGUCUUUUUUCAUUUUUGACCUUUUUUCUGUCAAUUGCAGACCGAAUCCCUCCCUCCUUAAUUUCCCCCACACCUUUGUGUUUCCGUUCACGUUUCCAAAAGCAGUGUUUUGGCAACUGCACUUGCCUUUUAAUCAGUUUUUUGUUUUGGCUUUUUUUUGCAACUUUUGUAAUUAAACGUGUGCUAGGAAGUUAAAGCUUACAGGUGUGUGUGUGUGUGUGCGCGUGUGUGUGUGAGCGAGCAGAGUCUAAAGCAUCGUUUAAGUGAUUUGAUUGGUCCAAAUCAUUACAGCCUUCCAAGACAACAGAACAAGGUAAGUCUUUUUUGAUUGUUUUUGCGUAAUGAAAAAUCCUUGUUAAUGAAGUUUUAACUGCUUUCUCAACUUCAUAAGUGACUUAUUCUUUAUUCCAAGCAUCUGUGUCUCAUUCAACUCAAUUUGUUUACUAGUUUAGUGGUAGCAAGUUGGAAAUAAAGUUGCUUUCCAUUUUUAUUGGUUGUGAUUGACAUCUUAAUGCUUCCUACAAAGGCAGCAUACGUACAAAGCUGUGGAUUCAUAUAUCAUAAAAUGAUGUUGGAAUUCUGUGGUAAUAUAACCUUGAUAUCAUCUUCAGUCUUUGACAUGACCUUGCUCAAUAUUAAAGUUAAACUGAUGUUAAUGAUUGAAAUCAAGCUCUAAACUUAUAAGUCUGAAUCUCACACACACAGGGUCAUAUGUAUGUAUGUGAUUGUUUUGUGUAAUAGUAGAGCUGGCAACACAGCAAGUGCAUCUCAAGUGCAGGUGUAUCUUACUUGGUCAGUUAAAUCUAUACAAAACUCCUUAUAUUCAUCUUCAGUGGAGAGGAUUUCUCUUUUUGUCUGUUGAAGAUUUAUCCGUACAUGUUGUCUGUAGGGUCCUCACAAACCCACAGCCCAUGACCUGUGCUGCUUUGUUCAAUGGCUCUUCUUGUUGCCUCUCCCACAGUUUUCACCCCCCCUGCCCUCCUUUCUUCACCUUGGCAGAAUUCCAGAGGUGUUUUGUUUGGUGUGUAACAAAGGAGAGGGGAAAGUGAAGGGACAAGCUGCCACGCAUCAUUGGAGUUUAAAGUCUAGAUGCCAAAAAUCUCCACUUUUUCGUAAUACAAUCAAUCCCAGGUGUAGUAGAAUUGGCCACCGUUUAUGGGAGAAUUAUGGGUAGUCCCUGGAAAGGUUUUGUCGAGUUUACCUUGCCGGCAUCGCCACCUGCAGCGUUCGUAAGUGCUGACCUGAACAGCACCUCGCCCGUCGGGCUCAGCCUGUCACCCUACGGCCGUUCCUGCCCCACCACCCCCUACCCUCGCCUGAAGAUGGAGGUCCCUGAUGCCCCAGUCGCUGACCCCACCCCUUCCACCUCAAGCCAGCCAAUCCCUCGCUCUGCCUCUGUCUCAUGUCAUACCUCCCGUGCAACAGGGGGCAAAAAGCAAAAGCGAACGCCCCUGUACCAGCGAUCUAUGAGUUUUGAUCCCAGUCUGCUGCAUAAUAACGGCCAUGGCGGCUUUGCCAACGGGACCGGCAUGGGUAUCCGUGAGACAGGCGUGGUGGAGAAGCUGCUGGCAUCAUACGGCUUCAUUCAGUGCUCUGAGAGACAGGCCCGACUCUUCUUUCACUGCUCGCAGUACAAUGGCAACCUUCAGGAGCUUAAGAUCGGAGAUGAUGUGGAGUUUGAGGUGUCGUCUGAUAGACGUACCGGCAAACCAAUUGCGGUGAAGCUGGUAAAAAUCAAGGCAGAAAUGUUGCCAGAAGAGCGAAUCUCUGGGCAGGUGGGGCCUGACUUGCACGCCUCUCCUUUAACUGUGCUGCAUGGUUUUAUUCAUCCAGUAGUGUCAGCUAUCCCUUCUCACCUGGAUGGGAAGUCUGCACCUGGCCAGGUGCCCACAGGCAGCGUGUGCUACGAGAGGAAUGGGGAAGUGUUUUAUUUGACUUACACCCCUGAUGAUGUGGAAGGAAACAUUACUUUAGAUACUGGAGAUAAAGUCAGCUUUUACAUGGAGACCAACAAGCAUACCGGUGCUGUUAGUGCCCACAACAUUGUGUUGAAGAAUAAACAGUCAAGAUGCCAGGGAGUGGUUUGUGCUACCAAGGAGGCCUUUGGAUUCAUUGAGCGAGGAGAUGUGGUGAAGGAGAUUUUCUUCCACUACAGUGAGUUUAAAGGAGAUCUGGAGGCCUUGCAGGCUGGAGAUGAUGUGGAAUUCACCAUCAAGGAAAGAAACGGAAAGGAAGUGGCUACUGAUGUGAGACUGUUGCCUCAGGGAACUGUGAUAUUUGAGGACAUCAGUAUUGAAACCUUUGAAGGCACUGUCACCAAGAUUAUUCCCAAGGCUCCCAGCAAGAAUCAGAAUGAUCCUCUGCCUGGGAGAAUCAGUGCCAGAAUUAAUUUCACUGACAAAGAUCUGCUAUUUGGGGAGAAGGACACCAAAUCCAAAGUGACGCUGCUGGAGGGUGACCAUGUCCAGUUCAAUAUUUCCACCGAUCGCCGAGAUAAACUGGAGAGGGCGACAAACAUUGAAAUCCUCCCUGACGCCUUCCAUUUCACCAAGGAGAGCCGCGAGAUGGGUGUGAUAGCUGCCAUGCGCGACGGUUUCGGCUUCAUCAAGUGUGUGGACCGUGAUGCUCGAAUGUUCUUCCAUUUCAGUGAGGUUCUGGAGGAGAGCCAGCUGCACAUUUCUGAUGAAGUGGAGUUCACUGUUGUUCCUGACAUGCUGUCAGCUCAGAGGAAUCAUGCCGUGCGGAUCAAAAAGCUACCCAAGGGCACAGUGUCAUUCCACACCCAGUCUGAGCUGCGUUUUGUGGGGGUUUUGGAGAAAGAAGCUGUGCCUGCCACCACCGGUACCACCAAGAACUCCAGCCCCAGCAAGGGCAAAGAGAAGGAAGCAGAGGAAGGCUUGAUUGUGUAUGAAGAAGAUGGGGUAAAGAACACUAUUCCCUACCAUGUUAAAGACCUGGAGGGAGGCAUUUACCCACAGCUUGGAGACAAGCUGGAGUUCUCCAUCAGUGAGGUGAAACGCACCGGACAACAAAGUGCUGUAUCCAUCAAGGUCCUUAAUCGUGCUGUUGGCACCAAAAGGCUUCUGGGAUACAUAGCCACACUGAAGGAUAACUUCGGCUUCAUAGAGACAGCCAAUCACGAUCAGGAGAUAUUCUUUCACUACAGUGAGGUGUGUGGAGAUUUGGAUGACCUGGACCUGGGCGAUUCAGUGGAAUACAUGCUGUCCAAAGGCAAAGGAAACAAAAUCAGUGCUGAGAAGGUCUCCAAAGUUGCUGCUGUGAAUGGGGUGGGAGAGGAUAUCAGUAAUGCAGUGUUCCUUGGGAAAGUGGUUCGACCCCUGCGCAGUGUGGACCCUUCUCAGACUGAGUAUCAAGGCCUCAUUGAGAUCACAGAGGAUGAUUCCAGUAAGGGUCCGAGUUAUCCAUUUGGCAUUGUUGGUAUGGGCAAUAAAGGCGACUGCCUGCAAAAGGGUGAGAUGGUGAAGUUCCAAGAGUGUACGGUGCCCCAGACAGGACAAAAAAUGGCCUGCAACAUUAUGCCUCAGCGCAGAGCUUUGGUAGAAUGUGUCAAAGAUCAGUUUGGUUUCAUCACAUAUGAAGUUGGAGAAAGCAAGAAGCUGUUUUUCCAUGUAAAGGAGGUGCAGGAUGGUUUGGAACUGCAGGCCGGUGAUGAAGUGGAAUUUUCUGUUAUCUUUAACCAACGCACAGGCAAAUGUAGUGCCUGCAAUGUCCGCAGAGUCAGUGAGGGUCCCAAACCAGUAGCAACACCUCGACCUGACAGACUGGUCAAUCGCUUGAAGAGCAUCACUCUGGAUGAUACCAAUGCCCCCCGUCUGGUUAUUAUCAGACAACCGCGUGGCCCCGACAAUUCAAAGGGCUUCAAUGUAGAGAGAAAAUCACGCCAGCCUGGUGUUACUGACUGAGUACUGUUCACCCCUCUCCUCCUGAGUGCGGAGGAACACCUCGAGAAGAAAAGCAAUCAUAGAGGAACCGAGAAAAGGAUUUGUGUGUGCCUCUCCGACCCAUUAUUUCUCUCAGCCACAUUCAUAAUUCGCACGCAUUAAGAUGUACAUCAAGACCUAAAACUUGGCACGCACGCACACAAGUUCCUUUCUCUGUCCUUUUCCAUGCUCAAGAAAAAUCUUGUUUCCAUUGUAUGUGUGAUGUUCCUGUGCGGUUGUUAUUUGGACAAAAGCCCCACAUGUUGUAUGAAAGUGUGUUUGUGGUAUUCAUCACUCGUUGGGUAAAAGAAAAUCUGAAAGGGUGUGAUUGUUAUGCAGAGGAUGAGAGGGGAAAAGGGUUUGCAGUUGUCACACCUGUUUGGGUUGGGGUGUGGGGACUGUUUGACCCGUUUUCAUUUCUGCUGAUGUUGCUAUGCCUGGAAUUCUGCACCUGCUACCGUGUGAGUGGCUUGUUGUUGUUUUAGAAUAGCUUUUCUUGUCUGUGUUUUGACUUCCGUUCUGUACUCUUCCUGUACCACUUGAAUCAUUUUCCUUAUGUUGAGUUCCUCACCCAGCCGAAGCUGAGAUAUUUCUCUGCUCUUAUGGGUGAGAAAUAAACUAGGUUGCUUUCACUCACUUUUCCACACCCGAUUCCAUUUCUAGAGUAGCUUUUAAUAUGACACGAAUCUGAAAAAGAAAAUAAAUGACUCUGGGCUCAGAACUUGUGUUUGGUUUUUUUGAUUGUGAAAUGUUGACUUAAAUUGGCUUUUUCUCUUAAGGAGCCGUUUUAAAUGUCUGAUUUCGCAAGUUCAGCUUGUAUUUUCGGGCAGGUGCAGAAUUCCUAAUGGCAUCUUGUAGCCUACAGUUCUUUAUAAAUAAGUUUUUCCCUCUUUGUACAUGUACUUUCCCUCUCUUUUCUUUUGAGUUGUGUUUAAUGUCUGCUAAUGAGUAAACGAUAAAAAGGUGCCUAAAAACAAGCAAAACACAAAAUGAAAAAACUCUAUUCCUAAACGACCACCAAAUUGUAAAUCAUGGUGACUUUUCCCCUCAAUAGAGAACACUGGUGUGCAUCCCCAUACCUGUGGGUUGAAACACACCCUUGUCUUAUGUGCUUUUACUUGGGUGAUUUUUUGAAAACCUGAAAACGAGCAAAUCUGUGUAACUUUACAAAUGUGGGGAAACGUAACUAGUAACAUUAAAAUGAGUGGGAAUUCAUUUAAGUGGAUAGAGAUUAUUUGAAGUGCUUCUUAUGACACAUGAAGCUGUUGCUCUCAUGAAUAUUCUCUGGAGCACCCUGGGUUUGUGUGAAUCUCAAGGUUCUCCUGUAUACUUUUGUUAAUGGUCUUGAAUGAAACAAUUGAAAUAAACAUUUUAUGAGAAUCAAUAA